AUGCCAGAAGUGCCCGGUGUCAUCAACACCAAAAUCCUGAGAAUGCUUCUCAAGGAUUCGCCACACUGCCCCGAGCUUCCAACGAAACGACCUCUCAUUGAUUUAAAUGCGCCGCAACCGCCAAUGCCAAAGAAGCAGCACUGCAAUGACAAAGGGAAGGAAAUUGUCCAAGGAAGUUCACCGCAGAAGCACACCAGUUUACCCUUGGACCCUUUGCCUUUAGUCAUUCGCCCACCAAAUGAACCCUUUUCCCCUCUUCCCGAACAAUCCACCAAUCUGCUCCUUGCCCCUGACUCCAACCCCGCAUCUCCAACAACGUCCACCUACCAUCCAUCUCCACCCCACUUUUCACUGCCAACAUCGCCGCAUGUUGAUGACCCACACAGUUUGGGAGCAGUCCCUUCCGCUCAACCUCAAACCGAUGCUGAUGAAACAUCAACAACGCAACCCUCUACCGAUUAA